AUGGACAAAGUGACGGCUAGAAACACCCCAGCGACAGAGCAAGACUGCCCCAUCUGCUUUAACAAGUUUGAUUCUUUCAUUCGAAAACCCAAGCUCUUGGCUUGCCAGCACUGUUUCUGUGCAAUCUGCCUGAAGAUCAUGGUGUCAGUCAAGGAUGGCUCCUGGGUCGUCACUUGCCCUCUCUGCAGACGCUCCACGCUGGUGAUGGAGGCACUCAUCAGCAAUCUUCCGGAUAAUCCACGCCUGAUGGACGUCCUGUCCAGGAGGAUGUCCGCCUUCCCCGAAUCUGUGCCCGAGGUGGUGCUGUCUCCACACCUCCUGCUGCAGACCCACACAAGCACUUGUACUCUGGUCAGCCAGAGCACCGGUCACCCAGAGAACGAGAACGAGCAAUUUCGGAAUCGGGUAGCCGUAUCAGCCAUCAAACGCUUUAUGCUGACUAUGCUCUUCUUCUUGAUCCUUAUAUUUGCACUGCAGUAUUUCUUCAAAAACUCGGCCCUGACCUGGAUUCUGAUCGUCCUGACUGUUCUCUGUGCGUUGUCGGGGCUGUUACUUCUGUAUUUGGGUUGUCAGGAAGACAGGAGCAGGCCAUUCACAGCAUAUUGCAACUGUCUGCCCUGA